AUGGUUAAAGCUGGGGAAAAAAUAUUGUUGCAGCUGCACGAGUUGGAAGAAUUUCGCUAUCAUGCUUAUGAAAAUGCGAAAAUGUACAAGGAGCGAACUAAGAGAAUUCAGGACAGGCGCAUCCAAUCUCGUGACUUUGAACCUAGGCAGUUAGUGUUGUUGUAUAACUCUAGGCUGCAGAUUUUCGGUGGAAAGCUGAAGAGUAAAUGGUCCGGGCCAUUCGAGGUAGUUCGUGUGACUGCACAUGGUGCAGUCGAGCUCCAAAGACCCAACUCGGAUGAGACAUUCUUGGUGAACGGGAAAAGAGUGAAGCAUUACUACGGGGAGGCCACUGACUGCGCAAGGACCACUAUUGAUCUAGAAGAGGCUUGA